UUGUUCCAAGAAAUUUGUAUCCAAUGAUUUCAGGAAACAAACUCAGUAGGCUUGGUAACUAAUAGAUUUCACACAUUAUUUAUUAGUGCUCAGUAUUUCAUUUAAAGUGUACACAAAGCUGUAAAAUAUUCCUGACGAAAACAGGUUUGGCUAGCGGUUUAUUUAAACAAAGACACAAUGCUGCGUAUUCCCGGAAUGCCCCUUCUGCCGGGUACACUGUUCCGCGAUGUCUCCAAGGGUCAUUAUCCCAAGCCGCAAUCGCUGUCCAACGUCCAAGGACUCAGCAUGCUGAGUGAUCGACAGCAGCCGCCUCCAACGGAAUCGGGCAGCGUUACGGGCAGCUGUCCGCCGGUGGCGGCCUCCUCCAUAUACCCACCUCGAUCGGGUCCACGGAUGCCUCCGUGGCUGGCGUACGACAAAAAGGUGCUGUGUUUCAAUGCCUACUUCAAGCAGACUCUGCAGGAGUUUUACCAUGCACCAUACCUGGUUCGCAAGGUCAAGAUAUACUUCUACCUCGAGGAUGGCACCCUGGAGAUCUACGAGCCGCGAGUGGAUAACUCUGGCAUUGUCCAAGGAUGUGUGGUUCAUCGCCAGCGCGUUCAGAAGGCGCCCUCUUGUGACAACGAGUUCAUGUCACUCAUUGAUCUAAACGUUGAUCAGACAGUUAAAAUAUUCGACCGUCAGUAUCAUAUCACUAGCUGCGAUCACUUCACUCGCGAUUUUCUCAACAAACGCGGCAUAACCGUUCCCGAUCCAGUAAAAUCACCAUGCGAUCCUACCGAGACGCUAAGAAAGCAUGAGCAACAACCACGAGGCGGUCAAUCAGGCCCGAAGAACCAUCCCUUUGCCCAAUUUCUAAAAUUCGAUCGACAAAUACUUAAAUUUCAGGCAUACUGGGAUGAUCGAACUGAAUUUGGCGACGUACGAAAGUUUGAAGUUUUAUAUCUAGCCGACGAUACCAUAGAAAUCAAGGAACAGCACAUUCGAAAUUCGGGUCGCGACGGGCCGACAGUUUUUCUUAAACGUGGACGCUUGGCACGAGAGUUCGAAGGACUACAGUUGCCGGGUCAGACGACGCCGAUGACUCUUCUAAAUGUUCUGGGCACAAACAUGCGCAACGUGCGCUACUGCGUGGAUCCCCUGAACACGGGCAACAAGGAGAUCCAUUAUUAUGGCGAACGAGAUCUGCAGAUUGGAAGCGUGAUAAAUGUAUUCGGUCGGGCGGUGAUAAUCACUGAACUGGACCCCUUCACGCAGCAGUUCUACCGAGGGAAGUACGGGAUCCAGGAGUUCACGCCACUGCCGAUUCCCACGCGAAAGGACGAUUGUGCGGAUCACCGGAAGGGUGAACGCAUCCUGCCGCCAUUCAAUGGCUGGGGCAGCUACGAGGAUUCGGUGGGCAAUUGCAUAUCCGUGGAGCCCAAGCCGCCCAGAUCGGACUUCAGGAAGUUCAUCAAAUACGAUCGCUUUGUAUUGCGUUUCGGUGCCAAGAUGCUGUCGACCAUAAAAGCGAAUUGCGAGCGGAUAUUCGUCAUUAGCUAUUAUUUGUGCGACGAUACGUUGCAGAUCCAGGAGAUAGCAGUGCGAAAUUCCGGCUUCCUGGGAGGUGAAUUCAUGAAACGCACCCGACUGCAGUUGCCGGGUCAGGAGAGAUUCUCGUGCAAGCAACCGCAGUACUACAUGUCGUGGAACUUCUUUAUCGGCUCGACUAUGUCGCUGAAGGACUUCAUAUUUCACAUAGUCUCGGCCGACGAAUACACCCUGCUGUACAUGGAGCGCCAUCCGGAACAGUUUGGCCAGGCAAACGUUGGGGCGAUCAUGGAAAAGGUUCGCUGUGCCCUCAAGAAUCACAUGGCCGAGUUUGUGGGCGCCUGUAUGCCGGACUGUCACGAUUUGGAGUACAAUCGGGAUGUGUUCGUGACCUUUGAGAGCUUCAAGGGAGCGCUGAUCGGCGUAAUUGGCAACCUGAUCAGCGACCACGAAAUCAUUACCCUAUGUCGGCACUUUUCGGCGGAGAAGAGUGCCCCCCCUGCGUGCGAUAGGGCCGCUGUGAGGGCCGCAGCCCAUCUGGAGCUGAAUCGAGCCCUUUGGAAUGCCCGCGACGAGCUGAUGGAGCACUUCCACCACAUCAAUCCCACCAACCAGCCGUUCAUGCCCGAACAUAAGGUGCGAUCGGCCCUGCGAGGCUUUCGCCUGCCCUUCUCCCUCGAGCUCAUCGACCACAUCCUCGCGAUCCUGAAUCGCAACGAGUGCGAUGACAUUGAGGUCUGCGACCUGAUGAACUUCAUAGACGUGUCCUGCGGGAAGGGCUGCAACAUGCCGCCCGCGAGCCAUGCCUUCGAGCUGUGUCCCAAAAUUCCGUUCCUGAACAUGGGCCGCAUGGUAAGCUUAAGCUGUUUCCUGCGCGACCUUAAACUGCCCCUCAACUUGUCAUCGGCGGCCGAGAAGAAGAACGAUACCAUUGAGGAGGAUAAGAAAAUGCCUACAUCGGUGGCUGCCGAGCCGGAGAUCCAUAGGCAUGAGAACCCACAGUACGACGCUGAGAUGGCCGCCAGGUCACAUGGUUAAAAGCUUUAAAUUAUCGGGUUUUAUUGAGUUAGCUUGGAGUGUUCCCCUGGCCGUUCCAAAUCUUCUGGUUGUAAUUUAUUCUUUCAGGCUACAAAAUAUAUCUAAGAGAUCUGGGCUUGAGACAUAUAUGUGGGCCUGAUUCAUUUGAGCCAGGUAAAAUUUUAAAAUUUUUGGUUUGGAUUUGUUGUUUGUUCAAUUUAUGCAAGACAAGAUAAAAUUAGAAACGAAAUAAAAAAAUUACAAUACUCAUAUAUUACGCCAAUAAAUGUUUAUAUUUCUGAGCCCAUAUAAAAUGUUCCUCGUUUACUUCGCAGUUUUGAAGUAAACUGUUUAAGCCAGUUAAAAAAUCCUCUCUUUCUGG